AGAAAGAAGAAGGAGAAAGAAGAAUGAGAAGAAGACGAGAUAGGAGGUUUGCUAUUUUGUAUAAAUAGUUCUCCUCCUUUUUCUAUUUUUAAAAUCCCUAAUGUACAUAUACAAAUAUAAUCGAUUUUGAAAUGGAUGAAGAAAAUUGAUAUAGAAGAGGGUAGAGUGAAUUUUUUGUUCUUAAAUUUUGUAGUCAAAAUUCUUUUCUCAAACUCCUUCCGUCAAUAGUCAAAACCCUAUUCACCUGUCAGUUUCCAAUUGAAUUUUCCAUUGAGGGGGGACAGAGCUACACGGAGGAAGUUAAUGACGCCCAACUGAAGAAAAGAAAAAUCGCCAUAGAUGAGAAGGACAAGGAUAUACCCUUCUCCGAAUUGGGUUUCUAAAGCACAUGGCGGAAGGGUUACACAUUUCUCUCUCACCCUUUGCUCUGUUUCUCAUGACGAGGUUUUUGUUUUACAACAUUCUCAUAUGAAUCCAUUCACCACUCCCUCAUGGCUUCUUCCUCAAUCUUCUUCUCCUCCUUUUCUUUCGUUCUUGUUCUUCUCCUUGGGGUUCUCAUUUCUCCAGGUUUCAACCGAUUAGUUGGAUUGAAGUUGGGAAAUAUGGCGAUGGCGAUGACGAUUGAAGAUGAAGAUUCUAUGGCUCUUUUACCAUUUGGAGGAUCAGCAUCUAGUGUUGGACGCUUCAUCCGACUUCCUCAAUGCGGUGGCCCUCGCCGGACAGAAUCCAUUGGUGUUUGCUAUUCAAGCGCAGGCAACAAUUUACCAGAUGCCAGAGAAGUAGUACAACUAUACAAAAACAACAGCAUAAAAAAGAUGAGGAUCUAUAAUCCCGACACAACUAUAUUAAACGCUCUUCGAGGAUCGAACAUUGAAGUCAUUGUAGGCAUUCCAAACACUUACAUCGAACACAUUGUUAAUCUUUCUUCUGCAGCAAACUGGGUCCAAAAGAACAUUCAAGCCUAUGUGCCAUAUGUCAAUUUCCGAUACAUUGCAGUUGGAAAUGAGGUGAAGCCACCCGAUGCCAUUGCGCAAUAUGUUUUACCAGCCAUGAGUAGCAUUUAUAGUGCAAUUUCAGCAGCCAAUUUACAAGAUCAAAUAAAGGUUUCCACAGUAAUAUCCAUGAGCUUCUUGUCGAACUCCUCCUUUCCUCCAUCUAAUGGCUCAUUUAGUUCAGAGGCAGGUGGAUUUAUGGAACCAAUUAUCAAGUUUCUGGCUAAGAAUGGCUCACCACUUCUUGCUAAUGUGUAUCCCUACUUUGUUUACACUGAGAUCAAUCAAACCAUCAGCCUUGACUAUGCUUUGUUCAUGCAAUCGCCUGCUCUUGUGAUUAGUGAUGGAAAUUUUAAGUACAACAGUCUUUUUGAAUCAAUGGUUGAUGCUCUUUAUGUAGCACUUGAGAAGUUGGGUGGAGCCAAAGUGUCGAUUGUGAUAUCGGAGAGCGGUUGGCCAUCAGGUGGAGGCAACGGUGCAACAAUUGAGAAUGCAGGUACGUACUAUAGAAAUUUGAUUAGCUUUGUUCGGAAUGGGACGCCGAGGAGGCCGAGAAGAGCUAUUGAAACGUAUUUGUUUGCUAUGUUUGAUGAGAACUUGAAGUCUCUUGAAAUGGAGAAACAUUUUGGUUUAUUCACACCUGAUAAGAAAUCAAAAUACCAACUUAGUUUUAGUUAAGUAAAGGGUGUACGAAUAUACAUAGCUUAUAAUUAAAAUAAAUCAAUAUAUAUAUAUAUUCAUUCACUUCUCA